AUGGCCAUGGUUCUCACCCACUCUCAGCUCCCACGCGUUCUCUCUCACACGAACAAUGGCCACACACCCAUACGGGUGAAGAAUUUGAUGGAUGGAUUGGAGAUAAUUUAUGGCCUCAGCAAUUUCAAAAGGAAUUGUGAGUCAUGUUACCUAUGGAAGACCGUCAUUUCUCUCUUCGCCCUUGCUGAGACAAAGUUCUACUUGACACAAAUUCAUAAGCAAGUAUCUGCUCUCCCUCUUCAACUAGAAACUCUUCAAGCUUAUUCUUGUAGUGACACCGUAUUCUCUGACGAGCUCGAACAUCUUGAACCAACAAAUUGA